AUGGGACCCAGGUGAGCCCGGGUGCCCACUGUCCCAGUCCCCCUGGCACAGGCUGCCCCAGGCCCCGGGCAGACACGCCAGGCCCUCAGCCCCAGCCCAUGGACCUGCGGGUGGGCCAGCGGCCCCCGGUGGAACCCCCACCGGAGCCAGCGCUGCUGGCCCUGCAGCACCCCCAGCACCUGCACCACCGCCUCUUCCUGGCAGGCCUGCAGCAGCAGCGCUCGGUGGAGCCCAUGAGGCUCUCAAUGGACACGCCGAUGCCUGAGUUGCCGGUGGGGCAGCAGGAGCAAGAGCUGCGGCAGCUUCUCAAUAAGGACAAGAGCAAGCGAAGUGCCGUGGCCAGCAGUGUGGUCAAGCAGAAACUGGCGGAGGUGAUUCUAAAGAAACAGCAGGCAGCUUUAGAGAGAACAGUCCAUCCCAGUAGCCCCAGCAUUCCCUACAGAACUCUCGAGGCCUUGGAGACGGAAGGAGCUGCCCGCUCCAUGCUCAGCAGCUUUCUGCCUCCUGUUCCCAGCCUGCCCAGUGACCCCCCAGAACACUUCCCUCUACGUAAGACAGUCUCUGAGCCCAACCUGAAGCUGCGCUACAAGCCCAAGAAGUCCCUGGAGCAGAGGAAGAAUCCACUACUCAGAAAGGAGAGCGCCCCUCCCAGUCUCCGGCGGCGGCCUGCAGAGACCCUCGGAGACUCCUCCCCCAGUAGUAGCAGCACACCUGCAUCAGGGUGCAGCUCCCCCAACGACAGUGAGCACGGCCCCUACCCCGUCCUGGGCUCAAAGGCGCUCUUGGGCCAGCGGCUGCGGCGGCAGGAGACUUCUCUGGCCCCGUUCGCCUUGCCGACAGUGUCCUUGCUGCCCGCAAUCACACUGGGGCUGCCUGCCCCUGCCAGGGCUGAUGGUGACCGCAGGACACAUCCAACAAUGGGCCCUCGGGGGCCAGUCCUGGGAAGCCCCCAUGCACCCCUAUUUCCUCCCCAUGGCCUGGAGCCUGAAACUGGUGGCCCCAUGCCCUCUCGCCUACAGCCCAUUUUCCUGGAUCCUUCAGUUUCUCAUGCCCCACUGCAGACUGGGCCUGGGCUUGGGCCCCUGCUCUUCCACUUGGCCCAGUCCUUACUGACCACCGAGCGGCUCCCUGGGUCAGGCCUCCACUGGCCACUGAGCUGGACCCGCUCAGAGCCCCUGCCCCCAAGCACCACCGCCUCCCCACCGCUGGGUCCCCUGCAGCCCAGCAUAGGGCAGCUCAAACCUCAUGUCCAGCUGAUCAAGAGACCAGCCAAGCCAAGUGAGAAGCCCCGACUAUGGCAGAUACCCUCAGCUGAGGACUUGGAGACAGAUGGUGGAGGAGUGGGGCCACUGGGAGAUGACAGCCUGGAACACAGGGAGUUGAGCCAUGGGCAGCAUGAGGCCAGAGGCCCUAUUCCGCUCCAGCAGCACCAGCAGGUGUUUCUCUGGGAGCAGCAGCGACUGGCCGGGCGGCUCCCUCGGGUAGGCACUGGCGACUCUGUGCAUCUUCCGCUGGCUCAGGGUGGUCACCGGCCGCUGUCCAGGACUCAGUCAUCCCCAGCUGCCUCACUGUCAAUCCUGGAGCCCACCAGCCAGGCCCAUGUCCUGCCCAGCUCAGAAACCCCUUCCAGGACCCUACCCUUCACCACAGGGCUGGUCUAUGACUCGGUCAUGCUGAAGCACCAGUGCUCCUGUGGAGACAACAGCAGGCAUCCAGAGCACGCAGGCCGCAUCCAGAGCAUCUGGUCUCGCCUGCAGGAGCGGGGGCUCCGGAGCCAGUGUGAGUGUCUCCGGGGCCGGAAGGCCUCCCUGGAGGAGCUGCAGUCGGUGCACUCUGAGCGGCAUGUGCUCCUCUACGGCACCAACCCACUCAGCAACCUCAAACUGGACAAUGGGAAGCUGGCAGGGCUCAUGGCACAGCGGAUGUUUGUAUUGCUGUCCUGUGGUGAGGUUGGGGUGGAUACUGACACUAUCUGGAAUGAGAUGCACUCUUCCAAUGCAGCCCGCUGGGCUGCCGGCAGUGUCAUCGACCUGGCCUUCAAAGUGGCUUCCCGUGAGCUAAAGAAUGGUUUUGCUGUGGUUCGGCCCCCAGGACAUCAUGCAGACCAUUCCACAGCCAUGGGCUUCUGCUUCUUCAACUCAGUGGCCAUCGCCUGCCGGCAGCUACAACAACAGGGCAAGGCCAGCAGGAUCCUCAUUGUGGACUGGGAUGUUCACCAUGGCAAUGGAACCCAGCAGACCUUCUACCAGGACCCCAGUGUGCUCUACAUUUCCCUGCAUCGCCAUGACGAUGGCAACUUCUUUCCGGGCAGUGGGGCUGUGGAUGAGGUGGGAGCUGGCAGCGGUGAAGGCUUCAACGUCAAUGUGGCCUGGGCCGGUGGUCUGGACCCCCCAAUGGGGGACCCUGAGUACCUGGCUGCCUUUAGGAUAGUUGUGAUGCCCAUCGCCCGAGAGUUCUCUCCGGACCUGGUCCUGGUGUCAGCUGGGUUUGAUGCUGCCGAGGGUCACCCGGCCCCACUAGGUGGCUACCAUGUUUCUGCCAGAUGUUUUGGGUACAUGACACAGCAGCUGAUGAGCUUGGCAGGAGGUGCAGUGGUGCUGGCCUUGGAGGGCGGCCAUGACCUCACAGCCAUCUGUGACGCCUCUGAGGCCUGUGUGGCUGCUCUUCUGGGCAACAAGGUGGACCCCCUCUCAGAAGAAGGCUGGAAGCAGAAACCCAACCUCAACGCCAUCCGUUCUCUGGACUCUGUGAUCCGGGUGCACAGUAAAUAUUGGGCCUGCAUGCAACGCCUGGCCUCCUGUCCGGAGCCCUGGGUGCCCAGGGUGCCAGGGGCCGACGCAGAAGAAGUGGAGGCAGUGACCGCACUGGCAUCCCUCUCCGUGGGCAUCCUGGCUGAAGAGAGGCCCUCAGAGCAGCUGGUGGAGGAAGAAGAACCUAUGAAUCUCUAAGGCUUCAGAAUGAAUCUACUCGCCCAUCCUGCCCUUCGGACCUGGUUCUCUUCUCACGUUUGACAACAACACCUGUUCCCAGAGUCUUCAGAGAGCCUCUGGGCAGGUGGUUGGGGCCAGAGAAUAGCCCCUUGAUAGUCAACCCAAGGAGGCUGGGAAGGCCCCUGGAUCUAGGAUAGGGACCAAAGAGGACCCUGAGGGGGCAGGCUGGGAAGCUGGCCAGACCCCAGUAGGGCUCUCCCAAGAACAGUCUGCCCCUGUGGGGUCCAGGCCCCUGCUGGGCCCCCAAUUCCUCAGGACUGCACAGAGGAGGACUGGCUCAGUUGGGCCCAUCCAUAACCACUAUUCUUGGCUCUGUAGACCCUGGACUUUGCACACAGCCCCAGGCUCCACACAGAAAUGUGAACUUGGCCUUAGCCAGUGUGGCCCUUCCUAGGCUCCGAGGUCUGGAGCAGGGGAGUAGAUAGGAAGAGCCAAGGGGUCAUAUACCCGUAAGUACAGUGGGAGUUCCUCCUCUUGCUUGCUUACUCGGAUGACUCUGGAAGCUCCCCUCCCCGACCACCACCACCACUGGGGCAGUGAGACAAAGCUCCCUCAAGAGCAGUCAUCAGUAGGCCUUCCAUCGGGCCCCUGCCUUUGCCAGAGGCCACCCUAUGUCGACCAUCUCUGCUCUGGUGGAGCAGAUGGGUGCUCUUGGAGUUCUGUGCUUCCUGAUCUAAUGGUGCCAAACCUUCAUCUCCCCUGAGAAGCACAGUGUGACCCCCAGGUAUAUCUUGGUCACUGCCCCACUCCAGGAGCCUUCUUUUUCUGGGGUCUCCCCUACGCAAGUUCUGACUCCUGCUCCACAUAGGUCUAGCGUGGUUGAGGGAAAAGGCGGUGGGAGAGUGGAUGCAAGACAUGGGGGAGGGGAGACUGCCCUGGUUUUUGGGGUCCAGGCCUGGGGCCAAGAAGGAAAGUAUUUUGAGUGUGUGUGAAUGUGUGUGAGAGAGAGACAGUGAGUGUGUGUGUGUGUGCGCGCGUGUGUGUGUGUGUGUGUGUGUGUCUUCCCUAGGACCACCAUACCCUGUGUAUGUAUGCAUGUUUUUGUAAAA